AAAAAUUAAAACCAUUAGUAAUUGGGUCUUCAAUUUCUCCUUGUGCACUUUUUCGUGUUAAUUAUGAUUCUUUACCUGUUAUAUAUCGUGCAAAUUUCCGAGCAUGGAUGCGAAAUGACAUAUUUUCUGAAUGGUUAAAAAUUUUGGAUCAGAAAUUUCGCAUUCAAAAUCGUCAAGUCCUGUUAUUAGUUGAUAAUGCCUCAUCGUAUUUCCAUGACCAAUCUAAUGUCCUUGAAUCACAUGAAUCAAAUGAACCAAACUCAGAUGAUGAAAUAUUUGAUGAUAAUUUAGAACCUGAAGUGACGCCUGUUUUACGUGGAAAUCGACGAGGUCGAGGUUGGCCAAGGUUAACUAGAACUAAUCAAAGUGCAAGCAAUAGUCGUGGUUGUAGUAAACGUGUUACUGGUGGUAGUAUAGGCCGUUACGGUAGUGGUUAUGGUCAACCACGUACUAUUCCUGAUUAUUCAAAU